CGAUCCCGACGCCACCACCACCACCAUCAUUUCCCCGCACUUCUUCACCACUUCGUCGCCCAGAGCUCCAAGCAAGCCGGCGACUCCUCCUCCUCCUCGCGGCCGAGCUAGGGUUUCUUCGAGCUCCGGGAUCCUCGCCUUCUCGAGUUCUUUUUCCCCGGAAACCAUGGAGAAAGUCAGGAGAGCGUCGCACGCCGGCUCGUGGUACACCGACAACCCUAAGAAAUUGGGGGAGGAACUCGAGGGAUGGCUUAGAGCAGCUGCCCUGGAAAAAUCUCCUGAUGUAAGAGGCGUGAUUGCUCCGCACGCCGGUUAUUCGUAUUCUGGAAGGGCUGCUGCUUUUGCGUUUGGAAAUAUAGAUCCUACAAACAUUUCUAGGAUAUUCCUCCUUGGACCAUCUCAUCACUACUACACGCCCAAAUGUGCUCUUUCAACCGCUACUGUUUACAAGACUCCUGUUGGCGACCUUCCCAUCGAUUUGGAAGUUAUUGAGGAAUUAAAAGCAACUGGGAAAUUUGAGCUGAUGGAUCUUCGAAUUGACGAGGCCGAGCACAGCAUGGAAAUGCACUUGCCAUACCUUGCCAAAGUCUUUGAGGGGCACUCUGUAAAAGUAGUACCUAUAUUGGUUGGUGCGGUUAACCCCGAAAAUGAGGCCAUGUACGGGCGAUUGCUGGCCAAAUAUAUAGAUGAUCCAAGCAACUUUUUCUCAGUAUCCUCAGAUUUUUGUCAUUGGGGAGCACGCUUCAACUACACACACUACGACAAAAAAUAUGGUGAUAUCUACAAGUCCAUAGAGGCCUUGGACAAGAUGGGGAUGGAUAUAAUAGAAACUGGAGAUCCGAAUGCAUUCAAACGGUAUCUAAUUGAGUACGACAACACAAUUUGCGGACGUCAUCCAAUUAGCGUUUUUCUACAUAUGUCGAUGAACUGCUCUACCAAGAUAAAGAUAAAGUUCCUCCGGUACGAGCAGUCGAGCCAGUGCAAGAGCAUGAGAGACAGCAGCGUAAGCUACGCAUCCGCAGCAGCAAAGGCCGAUGCUUGAUAGCUGUCGAGAUAUCUCUCUCGAGGGAGAAAUGCUUGCGCGCCUCUGAAAAUUGAAUGUAAAAGAUGAUGAACCCAUGACUGUUCUGAGAUUAACAAGCAGACCCUCUUUUCUUUGUGGGCUAAUUGUUAUGAUAAUUCAGCAGUGGGAGAUAUUGAUCUCAA